GGCAGGAAUGAUAAUGCCCUCACAAUUUAGCAAAGUACCGUUUGGACAAUGGUCAGUCUAUGCAACUCUAAGUCCUUGGCAUGGCGCAUGAGUGUACAGCUUAGACCCUAUUCGGGUGCACGAACCAUUCUGCCGUCAUGCGGAUUUCGAGGCCUUAAGCUCACCAAACAACCCAACCACAAAAAUCGGCGCCACAAGGAUCUCAAGCUAAGCCGACAGGGACAAGGACGGGGAAAAGCUAGAGGAAAUGGAGGCCGAGGAGGAGUCGAAAGCGGAAAUGUGUCAGAAAUUCUGAUGGAGGAGGAAAUGGGGAAUGGAACACUUCAGGGAGUCAGGGAGGCAAAAAAGAUGAACAAGGAUAUGGCAGAGGAAGAAGAUUGGAGGAACGCGAUCUGUCGGCACUGUGCCCAAAAAUGGCACAUGAUUAGCACGAAUAUAGAUGGGGAUGUCUACGACAAGUUUGGAGACUAUAUCGACCUUACGAUCUUAGGAGGGAUGAGGAAAGAGGCUAUACUACGAGCCAAUGGGUCAAAUGCAUCGGCCCCUCCAACUAUGUUCCGUAUCUGGCAAGAGGAAGACACUCUCCCUCGCAUAAGGAUAGAAGGGUUAGGAGAGAAUGAGGUGGAGCAAAAGAUGAGGGCCGACGCCGUAAGACGAGCGAUUGUGGUAGAAUCGAACAAUGAGGAACAAGAAGAUUAUCGGAUCGAGGCAGGAAGAACGCUGGAAAGAAUGGAGGAUCUAGUGGCGAAGAUAAAAGAUAUCAAAGACAGUUGCACAAUAUAUGUGAAGAGGUUAAGGAGUGGAAAGGGAAGAGGCCGGUGGCUUGAUACCAGUGAUAACCAUGACAAGAGGGAAGAGCGGGGUUGGGCCAAUGGAAGCUCCUCUGAGAGCGACUAGACAGGGGCGGCAACAAAGGAUUACUACCGAG